AUGUUAUUUAAACUGAUAGUUUCGUUAUUUCUGAUGAAAUUCGCGCGAUCCAGUUGCGUAAUUUCAUCGUUUUCUCAAGUCGACGAAGCGACGAAGCGCUGCGACAGCAUCACCGUGACCGACCUGGUGGUUCCCCCGGGAGUGACCUUGGAAUUCGACCUCAACAACGGCACCACGGUGGACUUCGACGGUCUGGUUACAUUCGAAAACGCCUCGUGGACGGGCCCUUUGGUUAGAUUCAGAGGCGACGGGGUCCGCGUUCGAGGAGCACCAGGUUCCGUGUUCGACGGACAAGGCGCGUUGUAUUGGGACACGAAGGGCGGCAUGGGCGGGUUACCGAAGCCCUAUUUCUUCCAAAUAGAAACCACCGGCGGUUCGGUAUUCGAAAAUAUCUCGCUGCUAAAUUGCCCUCAUCAUUGCGUUAUCAUAUCGAGCAGUGAUUUGACUCUUACAGGAUGGAACGUUGAUGUAUCUGCUGGUGAUAAGGGAAAUUUGGGCCACAAUACGGACGGAUUCGACGUCAUCUUCGGGGAGAACGUAGUGAUCGAAAACUCGCGAGUGCUCAAUCAGGACGAUUGCGUCGCGGUGAACAGAGGCUCUAAUAUGUUGAUAUCGAACCUCUACUGCUCCGGGGGGCACGGUAUAAGCCUGUCGGUGGGAUUCAGCAAACACUCCUACAGGCACAACACCGUCCACAACGUCACGUUUUCGGAUUGCACCGUUGCCAGAUCGCAGAACGGGAUCCACGUGAAGACCCACAACGACGGGUACUUGGGGGAGAUUAAAAAUAUUACUUACAGGAACAUCAAAUUCAUUGAUGUAGAAAAUUUCGGAAUAAACGUUCAACAGGACUACGCAAACGGUACCGGUACAGGACAUCCAGAAAGUAACAUACCCAUCACAAAUCUAACGUUGAGCAACGUCUCGGGUAACGUUAGAGGCUCUAAAAGCACCGCGGUAUUCAUUUUGUGCGGUUCUACCGGUUGCUUCGAUUGGAAAUGGUCUAACGUGUCGAUAACGGGAGCCAGAAGGCGCGAUUCCUGCAUCAAUUACCGCCCGUUCGGGUUCGCUUGUUAAUAGCCGAAUGUCGAAUUAAAUUGCAUUAAAACGAAAAAAUAGGUGAUGAUUGUGCCCGAAAGGGUGAACAGCGUCUUGUAGUUGAGAUCGAAGAAAUGGCCGGCGGUGAGAGCGGGUUUGGUGGCCCGCACGUGUUCGACCAGAUUCAGCAAUUCCUGUUUCUCCCUGCUGAAAACGGGAUAGUUCUCUUGGAAUUCGUAGCACAGGGCGAUCAGUUUCUGCGACUCCGCGGCCGUCCAAUCGGCGGCGAAUAUCACCAGAAUCGGCAGGAUCUGAAAAAUCAUCCGUACACACUAUAUCACUUCUUGUCGUACUCACCAUUCCGGUAACUAUGAAGGAAAACACCACCAUAAUAUUCGCCAAAGCAUCGGUGGAAUGUUUCCACGACGGCGCUGUAACCACUUCCAUCCCGUGCAACGUUAAAAUACUAUUCGAAAUUAUAGUAAGGAAUAUUUGAAUGCCGAACAACGAAUUAAUAUCGGCGAUUAACUCGCGCAAUUGCCUGAACAUUUUAUCAACGGACCCGCUGAGCAGACAUUUCAUCCUGAAUUGCCGCACGAAUGUGCUAUUCAACUCCUUAUACUGCAAAUAGGCGUAAUAAAUAUACGAAAAAGCGAUCGAUAAUUGCACUUGCUGAAUACUCAUGCAUACGUAUUUGAUGAAGUAUUUGCUCUGUACGAUAUAACCAUCACGAAUACACCAAAACAUGUUAGCUACUAGAGAAACGAGGGUGCAUGUGAUUAGAUUGAUUGUUAGUAAUUUUUUGUAGUUCCUCACGAACGAGUUCGGUUUUGGUCGCAUCGAUUGCUGAAUGCGUUUGCUCUUUCUGUGCAGCUCGAUCCACUUGCGGGCGUUCCAAAAGGACGAUCCGAUGAAGGUGAUGAAGCAGUUUAGAGAGUCCAGGAUGUCGCGCAGGACCUCGGCGAACAGCGAAAAGGCGUAGAUGUUGUGGCUGGAGCCCGGGGCUAGCAACUGAUAGAUGCUGUAGAUUUGUAUUAGCUGAAUGAUUAGGUAGUACGAGACCGCGUACGAUCUGUACAAGCGCCUUUUUCUGAUGGUCGUCGAGUUGAAGUCUAUUAAAGGGGCGACGCCGAAAAUAUUUCCGAUGCUUAUGGAAAAUUCGAUUUUUCUCAGCAUGAUUGCGAACGCGACGAAACACGAACGAAUAAUGUCACGAAAGCUGUUUUAUGCAUCGGUGAUUCCUUUUUGGGGAAAUCAUUUAGAAAUGAAUUGGUAAUAUGCAUUAAAUUCGGUACAAAGAAACGCCGGUAGAAAUAUUAAAAUGUGUAUUAUUAAAUAAAAUUUGUAUAUAAAUAUUUGAG